UGGCGAUGUUGCCUGACAUUCACGUUGUUUCUUCCUGGGAUGCUUCGGAAAAUCCUUACCUGCUCGGCUCAGGGAAUCCGGGACGCAUUGCCUGUGCAGAGACCCUGCUCGCUGGUGGGGCUCGGCCGAAGCCAGCUCCAGCAUAAUGGUUCUACCAUUCAGGCGAGCUCUAAAGCAGCCUCUAGAGAGGGCUUCUUUUCGUGAGGAGAGGCCCUCUCCCUGGUCGCGCGUGCGCAGUGGCCCAGCCGACCGUGUUGUGCGGCAGCGGCGUUGGCGGCACUCGCCCUUCCGCUCCCCGCCACCUUCCGAAUCACAGGCUACAAGAGCCAUGCAAAUGAAAUUCUCCACUGCUUGAAGAACAAGUAUUUCAAGGAGCUGCAGGACCUAGUAGUGGAUGGUCAGAAAAUUGAAGUGCCACAACCAUUAAGCUGGUAUCCAGAAGAGCUAGCAUGGCACACAAACUUGAGCAGAAAAAUAUUGCGGAAGUCACCAGAACUAGAAAAAUUUCAUCAGUUUCUGGUUAGCGAGACAGAGUGUGGAAAUAUUAGUCGUCAGGAAGCUGUCAGUAUGAUUCCUCCCCUUCUGCUUAACGUUAGUCCUCAUCACAAGAUUCUAGAUAUGUGUGCUGCGCCUGGGUCUAAGACUGCACAGCUAAUUGAAAUGUUGCAUGCAGAUAUGAAUGUUCCUUUUCCAGAGGGAUUUGUAAUUGCUAAUGAUGUUGACAACAAGCGCUGCUAUUUGCUGGUUCAUCAAGCUAAGAGGUUAAACAGCCCUUGCAUCAUGGUGGUGAAUCAUGAUGCCUCCAUCAUUCCUAAUCUACAAAUAGAUGUUAAUGGGAAAAAGGAAAUCCUUUUCUAUGACAGGAUAUUAUGUGAUGUUCCCUGCAGUGGAGAUGGAACCAUGAGAAAAAACAUUGACGUGUGGAAAAAAUGGACAACUCAAAAUAGCUUGCAGUUGCAUGGGUUGCAGUUAAGAAUUGCAACCCGUGGUGUUGAACAGCUGGCAGAAGGUGGCAGGAUGGUUUAUUCUACGUGUUCACUGAAUCCUGUUGAAAAUGAAGCUGUCAUCAGCUCUCUGCUGGAGAAAAGUCAAGGUGCCUUAGAGCUUGCUGAUGUCUCUUCUGAGUUGCCAGGUUUGAAAUGGAUGCCAGGAAUUACACAGUGGAAGAUAAUGUUAAAAGAUGGGCAGUGGUUUGAGGACUGGAAAGAGGUGCCUUCUAACAGACAGACACAAAUACGACCCACCAUGUUCCCAAUAAAAGAUGAGGAAAAACUGAAAGCAAUGAACCUGGAGCGUUGUCUUAGGAUAUUGCCACAUCACCAGAACACUGGAGGUUUCUUUGUGGCUGUAUUAAUAAAAAAGGCUCCAAUGCCCUGGAAUAAACGCCAGCCUAAGCUUCAGCGGAAAUUGUUGCAGAAAACAGGAGGUACUGCAGUACCUACCACCACUACAGAAGAUGGCUCUGUAGAAACUAUUGAAGAACAACCUCCUGAAGACGAACAGGCAAGGGAAAUUCAGGACUCACUGAACUCAGAGUGCGAGCAAAGCAAGAAGGAUGGAGUAUGUGGACCACCGCCAUCGAAAAGAAUGAAGUUGUUUGGUUUUAAAGAAGACCCGUUUGUGUUCCUUUCUGAAGAUGACCCACUGUUUCCAUCCAUCCAGAAAUUUUAUGCAUUGGAUCCUUCAUUUCCUAAAAUGAAUUUACUUACUCGGACUCAGGAAGGAAAGAAGAGACAGCUGUACAUGGUUUCUAAGGAACUAAGGAAUGUACUGCUGAACAACAGUGAGAAAAUGAAGGUUAUUAACACAGGAAUAAAAGUUUGGUCUCGCAACAGUGAUGGUGAACAGUUCGGUUGUGCCUUCAGACUAGCACAAGAGGGAAUAUAUACACUGUACCCAUUUAUUAAUGCGAGGAUUAUAAACAUUUGCAUAGAUGAUGUUAAAGUGCUGCUUACACAGGAGAAUCCAUUUUUAAGUAAAUUUAGCAAUGAGACACAAAAACUCAUCAAAGACAUGGCUAUGGGAAGUAUAGUCCUGAGGUAUGAUCCAGAUCCAAACAAACCUGAUACCCUCCAGUGUCCUGUUGUGCUCUGCGGUUGGCAUGGAAAGACCUCACUCCGUGCCUUUGUGCCCAAGAAUGAGAGACUUCAUUACCUGAGGAUGAUGGGAGUUGAAGUGUUUCAAGCAAAGAGGAAAGAAGAAGAUUUGGGAAGUAAAAUGGAGGAAGGAAAUCAAGACAACAAUGCAGAACAGGUGGAGGAAGCAGCGGAUGGGGCAAGUAAAGCUAAGGAACAUGAUGUCCUGGAAAUGGAAGCUGACGUGGGUGAAGAACCUACCCAAAAGGUUGUGGAAAGCAGUGGAGUAGAACCCGAGAGUAAAACGGGCAGUGCCCAGCCUUUGAAUGAAAAUGCUAAAAACCAUGUAAGCUUAGAAAGCAGAGACAGUGCUGACCACGGUCAUGUCAAAGAUUGAGUUUUCAUUGGCUGAAUCAGUCAGCAUUACUUUAGGGAGAUUAACAGCUAGAGUUGCAUUUUGAGCAUGUAAAUACAUUUUUAAGACCACAUUGCUUCUUGGAAGAAGGUUGAAGUUGGCAUGAUGUAUUCUUUUACAAAAGUUCCUCCCUGUUUUAUUUUUUAAAUAAAGAGGUAUAAUGGUA